GAAUUGCAAUUCAUCUGAUCACUCUUCAUAACAUUCUGGAGUAUAUGCAAAUUGCCAUCAUACAAACUGAAGCAGCAGACUUUGUGAAAAUUAAUAUUUGUGUCAUUCUUAAAACUUUUGGCCACAACUGUACAUACACCCAACAGCGCUUUAUAACCAAUAUACACUUACUAAAUAUACCUACACAUACCCACACACUAACAAACACAUACUGUACACGUCAAAAUAGUUUAGUCAGGCUUGUCUGUCUUUUGACUCAUCAUAGCCGACUCAUAUUUAUCCAAAACAUCCUAUUAAUGUCCACCAUGAUGGGGUUCACAACAAUUAAGUCAUUCUGUAACUACAGUAUAGGACUCAAACAUAGUGGGGAAAGGUAAACACUCAAUGUUGAAAGUGUGUUUAUUAUCUGUGUGUACGUACCUGAGGGAGUAUGUCUGUGUAAUUUCUAUCACCUCUCUCUUCCAAGCGGAGGAGGGUCCAGAGGUGCUGCUGGUGAAGGGGGGGGGGGGGUCGGGGGGUUCCCCUGAGGGAACCAUGGUCAUGGAGGACAACCAGACUACACCACCUCCUGAACCCACAGAGGAACCAGCUGAGCAGCACAGGGCCACACAGUCUCACUGGGGUGAAGGACAUCUCACUGGAGGCCACAGCAUCUCUGUGAAGCCAGCGGGACACAAUACAUGGAGAGAUGACCAACCAAUCACUGUUGAUGAGGGGAUGUGGAACCUCAACACAGCACUUUACCAUGAUAGAGUCUGCAAAUGCAGUGGCUGCAGGUCCUGGAGGAUCGUCUCUGGUCAAGCAGAAGAGGACUGAAGGAGAGGAGGACCCACGACACAGCAGAGACAUCCAGACUGGAGCAGCGUCUGGAGUGCCCCCCUGUAGCCAUGGAGGACCUCGCCUCGCAGCCCAGAACUCAACACAGCAUCACGGCGGUCAGAGGAAUGCCGAACACCGUCCUUAAGUCAGAGACAGACACCAAAAGUUUAACUGUAACACAAAGGCUCUUACACACAGCAUCAGACCCAGAGAGACUGGGGCUGAGGACACUGGGCUGUCCUUGCUCAGAGUAUUUACCGGUAUGUCACCAGAGGAUGGUUCAUUCCCUUGGAGAUGGUGAAACGUUACACACUGGUGUUGAUGAUCUGUCUUGUUCUUACAAUACAGAGAUGGAACCUGUCAACAUGCCCUUGGGUUUAGAGACACAGACUAAUCCAAUGAGAGGGGACUGGAACCGGUACAGUAGUAGUGUAUACUCUGAAGGGUGCCUAGAUAAGAAAGUGGAGGGUCUCAUCGUAGAUAAAGUUACUGUGAAAGUGAAGGGCGACGUUCCUCCCACAUGGAAUGCAGAUAGUCACCUAGGAGACAGACACUUAGAUUACGGGGAAAGCUUAGAGACAAAUCCAAAUGUCGCGACCCACCCCCCUUUACACAUGUUCAUGGAUCAUGACCCAGUGUGCACGUCCAUGGGGCCUUCCAAUUCACACGGCCGUGUCCUUUUCGAUCAGGUAUUAAACUCAAAUGACACAACUAGAGCCCAGGCUCAGGAAGGGGGAGCAACAUCAGGCAAUAGUAAAGAGAAACGGUUCCUCUGCAUGUUCUGUAACAAAGGCUUCAGCUGCCUUCAGCUGUACCCAGUGUCACAUGCGCCUCGACCAGGCUGGUGACCUGAAGAAGCACCGGAGGGUCCACACAGGGGAGAAAUUGUUCGGCUGCCACCUGUGCCGGGCCAGUUUCUCACACUCGUCCAACCUGAAGAGGCACCUGAAAGUCCACACAGGAGAGGCGCUGUACAGACUGCGGAAAGAGGUUCUCAGAGCUACCUCAGGAUACAGCAGUAGAAAAAGUAUUCCACUCAAUAACAUAGAAAGUAUUCAUUCCACUCGAUAGCUUCUGACAUUUACAUCAAACCCUGCAUUAAAGACAAUUUAGAAUAACAAGAGUAACAGAUUUCGGUGUAGAAUAUUCCUGGGUAGAAUAUUGCAUCCAGACAUGGUAGAUAUAUAAGGCAUUUAUAAGCCUAAAAAGUCUGUUACAUAUUGUGUUUGUACUGUGUAGGCUAUAUGAUGUUCACAAAUGCCUGUUUCAUUACUUCUGUUCAACUACUCUAUUUUUUUAUCCAGUACACUUUUCAAUGAGAAAAUGAAUGCAGUUUAUUGAGUUCAUGCAGAUAUUUUGUUGACACGUGAAUGUGUGGUUUUCAUAAAGUGUAUUUAAUACUUCUUUAUGUUUAAUAAACACAUGGGAAUUUUCA